AUGGUCAUCGCAGUGACCAUUCUGUCGAUAAUCUUGAUACGUGACCACAAGACAUCGUCAACGAUAACCGAGAUAACAUCAACAACAGAAGCGUCGUCUUGCAAUUUAAAUAAGACGACAUUGAGAAUUUUCAAUCAAACUUCGACUUCAAUAUCUUCGAUAAUAGCAAAUCAGACAAAUCAUUCGAGAUGCGAACAAAUGACGUUUGCUCCAUCAGAAGUUCAUCAAAUGUUGGAUGCAACUUUAGCGAUGGCUGUCGGUGAUUUUGAUGAUGAUAACUUAACAGAUGUGAUACUCGCUAAUUUAAACUCCAAGAGUAUUCAAAUUUAUUCAAAAUAUUUAAAUGGCAGAUUUCAAGACAGAGUUCGCUAUAAUAAUUUCUUUUUCACCGAUUAUUUUGAAAUUGCUGACGUGAACAAUGAUAAGAAAAAGGAUGUUAUUUUCCUAACUGACGACUACAGUAGUGUUGGCUUCUUGAUGGGUUUUGGAAAUGGAAGCUACUUCCAUGAGCCGGCAUUACCAACUGGUUCUUCGCCAAAAGCUGUAGCUACCGCAGAUUUUAACGGUGACCAUUAUCUGGAUCUUGUGGUUAUCAAUCGUCGUAGUAAUAUGGCUGGUAUAUUUUUUGGAUACGGUAAUGGAAGUUUUCAAGAAAGAAAACAUUUAUAUACUCUGGACGGUCCUUAUUCUGUAGUGACCGCUGAUUUUACUAAUGAUAAUCGAAUCGAUUUUUGUAUUGCAGAAACAGAAGCAAAAACUAUUACUGUGUAUCUCAAUGAUGGUAAAGGAAAUUUCCCACAAACAAUUUCAUAUUCGACAAUCAAUCAUCCACGAAAUCUGGCUAUUGGUGAUUUCAAUGCGGACAACUACGUGGACAUUGCUAUGACUAAUACAUUUAAUCAUACGAUGACAGUUCUAUUGAAUUCAGGUGAUGGAAAUUUUUAUGCGGAAAAGUUUUUUCCUACUGGACACACUCCGUACUCUAUUGCUGUCAGUGAUUUUAAUGGAGACAGUUAUUUGGAUAUUGUCACUGCUAAUAACAAUGCUAAUUAUUUAAGUUUAUUUCUUGGCUUUGGGGAUGGAAAUUUUCAAACAGAAAUGAAGAUUUUUACUCAUGGGUUAUUACCAGUCGUAAUAGCUGUUGAUUUUAAUAAUGAUAAUCGAAUCGAUAUAGUCACAACAUCUCGGCAAUACAGAACUCUUAUUAUUAUUUACAACACUUGUUAA